AAUAAAAUUGUUAGUUGUUGGGGUCUAUUUGAUAAUUAUGCCAAUCAGAUACAGAAGUGAGUUGAUAAAGGAAUCAAAUAAAGUUUCAAAGCCAUUAAACCUCUUACCUGUGAUAUUUGGAAUUAAUAAUAAAUCAAUUUUGAGUUGGUUGUGUAAAAUGAGAAUUUCCACUUAUAGAAUUAUUACAUUAUGAUUAGGGGUUUGCCUGGAUAGGAUGAUUAUAAUCAAGAUUUAUAAUUAAAACAUCUGAAGUGAAUUUCUUUUUAAUUGUUUAUCUAGCAGUUGUAAAAUCAUUAUAUAAAAUGCAUUAGAGGAAGUAAUUCCAAUUAUUUUAUUGCCGAAUUUUUGUUUGACAAUAAAUGGAACUAGUCUCUUGGCAAAAAUUAAAAUAUAAAAAUGAAUGCAAUUCGAUAUACAUUUAUAAAAUAAGAUGUAAUUAGUAAUUAUUAAAUUUAGACUGAAUAGUUAGUAAAGAGUUAAAUUUCUUUAUUAUUUAAAGUCUCAUUUGUAAUUAGUGUAAUUCAAAAUCUCAUUCGAUUCAAAAAUUAAAAUAUUUGUAGAAGAAAGAAAUCAAAGUUUAUCAGAAAUCAAAAUGGGAGAAUUACAAUUUAGUAAAUACCAUAUGAUAUGAGUAUUCAUUUUAACAAUUAUUGA